AUGGGAAAUACUAGCAGUGCACCGAAGAUCUCGUCUCAGGAUCGGGCGAUCCUUGAUCUAAAGAACCAGCGCGAUAAAUUAAAGCAAUACCGAAAGCGCAUCACCGUUCUCACCGACCGCGAGACCGAAAUCGCCAAAGAAUGCCUGGCGCAGAAUGAUCGGCGACGAGCACUUCUCGCGUUGAGGCGCAAGAAAUACCAAGAGUCACUAUUGGAUAAGACUGAUGGCCAGCUCGCGCAGUUGGAGCAAUUAGCCAGUCAGGUAGAGUUUUCGCUUGUACAGAAGGAUGUCUUGUUUGGCUUGCAGCAGGGUACCGAGGUCCUUCAAGCGAUCAAUAAGGAGAUGGGUGGGAUUGAAGGCGUCGAAAGACUUAUGGGAGAGACGGAGGAAGCACGCGCUUAUCAGGAGGAGAUAAGCCGGAUGCUCGAGGGCAAUCUUACAAACCAGGACGAAGACGAGGUCGAAGAAGAAUUGGAGGCCUUGCAGCGCGAGACCCAGCCCAAAGUUGUACCCAAGCUGCCGAACGCCCCGAACAACGCCUUGCCUACUCCGGAAGAGGCAGAGGAGGGACCAGCGGAACCAACCAAGUCCAAAGCGAAGACCCGGAUGCCCGCGCUGGCUGCAUGA